UUCUAUGUUUGAUGUGUUAUUACUACGAUACGACAAACUAACUUCAUGUUUAGAUAACCGGUAGGCGCUCGAAGUGUCUAUAGGUUGUUUUAUUUAAUACAUCGUAAUCAUAAUGGGAUCUACAAAAACUUUUGGCGCGUACAUUUUGAAACCUAGUUUUCGUAUUUUUAACUUGUUAGCACCCGUUAUAAGACGAAAUUAUUCUUCUAAAUCGGCGGGUUUACUUAGCGAUGUGAAUGUGUUGGAUCUUACGCGGGUAAUCGCUGGCCCUUUCUGUACUAUGACUCUAGGUGAUUUGGGCGCGAACGUAAUAAAAGUAGAGAGCUUAGAUGGUGAUGAAGCAAGAAAGUGGGGACCACCAUUUCUAAAAGGCAACAAGGAUUCCUUUUAUUUUAUGGCAGUUAAUAGAAAUAAGAAAAGUAUAUGUGUUAAUUUCAAAUCUGAUGAGGGUAAAAACUUAAUGUAUGACUUAGCUAGGAAAUGUGAUGUGUUAGUAGAGAACUUUGUGCCGGGCAAGUUGGACCAACUUGGAGUGGGCUAUAAUGAUCUGAGCAAAGUAAAUCCUAAGCUUAUAUACUGUGCUAUCACUGGUUUUGGUCCUACUGGACCAUAUGCGAAGAAACCAGGUUAUGACGUAAUAGCAGCUGCAAUGGGUGGACUACUGCAUACAACUGGAGAACAGAAUGGUAACACAGUGAAGCCCGGUGUUGCCAUCACAGAUAUAACUACUGGCCUACAUGCAUUUGGUGCUAUAAUGACAGCCCUGUACUAUCGGAAAAAUACUGGAAAAGGACAAAAGAUAGAUUGUAAUUUGCUAUCAACUCAAAUAUCAAGCAUGAUUAAUGUUGCAAAUAUAUAUUUGAAUUGUGGUAUAGAGCCAAAACGUUGGGGAACUGCACACGCUAACAUUGUACCAUAUCAAGCGUUUAAAACUAAAGACGGAGAAAUUGUUAUAGGCACGGGAUCAAAUGCACAAUUUGCUGAUCUUUGUAAAUUAAUCAAUAAAGAUGAUUUGAUCAACGAUGAAAGAUUUAUAGACAAUUCCAUGCGUGUACAAAAUAGAGAGGAAUUGAUUAAAAUUAUAAGCGAUGUUAUUGUUACGAAAACAAAGAAGGAAUGGGCGGUGAUAUUUAAAAAUGCUUCGUUUCCCAACGGACCAGUGAAUACUAUGAAAGAUGUGUUUGAAGAUGAGCAUGUGAAAGCAAUAGAACUGGUUAAAGAUCUACCCCAUCCGGAUGCGGGGUCUGUGAAAGUAGUAGGACCCCCCACUGUGUAUAGUGUGGGGGGUAAUUGCGCUCGGACUGCACCCCCUACUUUAGGACAACAUACAAGAGAUGUGUUGGCAAACUUUCUUGGAUACCAUGAAGCUAAAAUUAAUGCUCUCUUUGAAGGAAAAGUCAUCAGAUAAAUUUCAUCAUAAAGAUGUUUAUUUCAGAUAUAUAAAGAUAAAAAUGACAUUAUCUUACUGAAGAGCUGAGUAAAUACCU